ACGUUCGUCACGUUCUGAGCGUGGCUGGCUGCCUCGCAGAGAAGGGAGCGGAGUCGGAGGGUGCACAUUUAAAUACAGCGAGUUCCAGGUUGUAGUCGGCCCCAACGCACAAGCUGGAAGGUCUCAGUGCAGCGUGGGUGCCAAGGGAUCCCCUGCCUGAGUGCGGCGAGCGCGGCGGCCAACACCCCACAGACAUGAACCACACCAAGGGUGGCUUGGUCAUCUUCACUGCCAACUCGCACCCCUCCAGCCGCGAGCUUGGGAAGCGGAUCUCUGAGCGUAUGGGGGUGGAGCUUGGCAAAGCGCAGGUGUACCAGGAAGCCAACAGAGAAACGCGGGUCCAGAUCCAGGAGUCAAUUCGAGGCAAAGAUGUGUUUGUUAUCCAGACGGUGUCCAAAGACGUGAACACCACCAUCAUGGAGAUGCUGAUCAUGGUGUAUGCCUGCAGGACGUCGUGUGCCCGCAGCAUCACCGGCGUCCUCCCCUACUUCCCCUACAGCAAGCAGUGUAAGAUGAGGAAGAGGGGCUCCAUUGUCUCCAAGCUCAUCGCCUCCAUGAUGUGUAAAGCUGGUCUCACCCACCUGAUCACCAUGGACCUCCACCAGAAGGAGAUCCAGGGCUUCUUCAACAUUCCUGUGGACAAUCUCAGAGCAUCUCCGUUCCUGCUUCAGUACAUCCAGGAGGAGAUUCCAGACUACAGAAACGCCGUAAUCGUUGCCAAAUCUCCCGCUUCGGCCAAAAGGGCUCAGUCGUUCGCCGAGCGGCUGCGUCUGGGGAUCGCCGUGAUCCACGGAGAAGCUCAGGACGCAGAGUCGGACCAGGUAGACGGACGACAUUCUCCCCCCACCGUCAAGACGACCGGAGCCAUCCACCCCAGCAUGGAGAUACCACUGCUGAUCCCUAAAGAGAAGCCUCCCAUCAACGUGGUUGGAGACGUCGGAGGACGCAUCGCCAUCAUCGUGGAUGACAUCAUCGAUGACGUGGACAGCUUUGUGGCAGCAGCAGAGACACUGAAGGAGAGAGGAGCCUACAAGAUCUUCGUCAUGGCGACGCACGGCCUCCUGUCCUCCGACGCCCCCAGGUUCAUCGAGGAGUCGGCCAUCGAUGAGGUGGUGGUGACCAACACCAUCCCCCACGAGCUGCAGAAGCUCCAGUGUCCAAAAAUCAAGACGGUGGACAUCAGCAUGAUCCUGUCUGAGGCCAUCCGCCGCAUCCACAACGGAGAGUCCAUGUCCUACCUGUUCCGUAACAUCGGGGUGGACGACUGAACUUCUGGGCCGUCCCCCGUUUAACUAGAUCUACUAACCCCGUACUAAACACGUCGGCCAGAACCUCCGUCUGGUCUCAGGGACUCGACUCGCCACGAAGAUCAGCUGAUCGUCAAACUAAAUCCACAUUUUCUCCCCGGGUAGAAAACCAGCUUCACUCUUGUUUCUACGACCUUUUCCUCUCAGGCAGCAAGGGUUCACACACACGCACACACACACACACACACACACACGCACACACACACACGUACGCACACACAACCACACACAC